UUCUAUGUUUAUUUCCUCGGGCAGGCUGCCUUAGAAGACACGUGUUUGCACUUCACGGACUAAAGCAAACAGAGGAAAGAGAAGGAGGAGAGAAAGAGUGGCGAAGAGGAAGAGUGGAGAUAAAAAUGAACCUCCUUCCCAGUUCCCAAGGCCAUGCAGAGCAGUGUGGAAUGGUCUCCAGUCCAGUGUCUGUGCGUGCAAGAAGAGAAUCUUAGAAGAGGAUAGCAUACAGUCAGGGAGAAAAGAGUUUCACACGCAGCAAUGGCCUCGGCUAACACUGAAAGCGUGGCUGAAAGGCUAGCACACAUUAAACAGGAGGACUGUGAGUGGGGCACACCAGAAGAUGUGUGCGUGAAGCGGGAGGAUUGCGAAGGCGACGUUUCGGUGUUUAAAGAGGAGGAGUGCAAGGGGGAGAUUGUGGAAGUCAAAGUUAUGGAUUUGGAAGAUUUGUCCGUUAGCCUUGAACUGCAAAAGCACAAAACUGGCAACAUUUUCAAGCAAGAUUUUUGUGAAGAAUCCCACUCCAGUUUGCAGCCCUGGGUCACAGACAUGGGACAACUGGCUCCCCAGCAGAAUUCUGUGGAACUGAAAUCGGAGUUUGAAGAGAAAAUCGGUGAUGGAAACUGGAGAGGAGAAGAAGGAGAACAGAAGUCAUCUAGCAAAGUGGGAAUAAAUUUCCUGGAGAAUUGCAGCUUCUCUGUGUCUUCAUUCCAUCAGCGCCCCCUUCGGCAUGGACUACGGCAGGAACAGGUCAAGGAGAAAGUGAAGAAAUCGAAAAGAGGAUCUGAGAAGCUGACCUCGGCGUCUUUGCUGUGCAGUUCUUUUACAGCAGACAAUCCGACACCGACAAAAUCCAUCAACACUGACCGACGACAAGUCCAUAACACAGAUCAAGAGGUGUUACACACCAGGCGCAAACGUGGGAAAACUUUAAAAAGAAAAUCUGCCUGCAAAGAUAAGUCGAUUCAUUCAGUUAAGAAGCCGUUUGCCUGCUUAGAAUGUGGCAGACAAUGCCCAAAUCGUAGCAGCCUCCAAAGGCACAUGCAAGUUCAUACGGGAGAAAGGCCGUGUUCUUGUUCUGAAUGUGGCAAACAAUUCUUUGACUAUAACACUCUUCAGAGGCACACCCGGGUUCAUACUGGAGAGAAACCCUAUUCCUGUUCUGAAUGUGGCAAACAAUUUCCUUACAGUAGCUCUCUUCAGAAACACCGGCGAAUUCACACAGGAGAGAAGCCGUUUGUCUGCUCCGAAUGUGGUAAAGAUUUCUCAUUCUUGUGCAAUUUUCAAAACCACUUAAGGAUUCACAGUGGAGAAAAGCCUUACUGUUGCAAUGAAUGUGGCAAACAGUUCGCCCAAGGAAGCAGCUUACGAAACCACAUCAGAAACCACACUGGAGACAAACCUCACUGUUGUUCAGAAUGUGGCAAACGAUUCUCAAAACUAAGUCAUCUUCAUAGGCACACAAGGAUUCACACUGGAGAAAAGCCAUAUAGCUGUCCUGAGUGUGGCAAACGAUUCUCGCAAGUAAGCCAUCUUCACAACCACGCGAGAACCCAUACAGGAAAGAAACGAAAAGAGAAAAAAUAACCAAAUAUCACAAACUGCUAUCGGAGAUGAGCCCGAUGUGAAAUAAAACCACAGAGAGUGUGGCAGUGGUGCUGGUCUUAUUUAAAAAAAAAAAGUCAAAUCCCAGGCCACACUGUUAGGAACAAUCCAAGCCCUGACAGCAAACCUAAAAGAAUAUGCAAAAUUCACACCAGAGAAACAAGCACACUUCAGGACUCAAGAGUGUGAGGUUCACUCCUGUCCUAAAAAGUUAGCAAACUAAACCAUUGUCCAGAAAAGCCAUACAGCUAUGCUGAAUGUGGCAAACAAUUCUUUGACAGUAACCAUCUUCCUGUGCACAUACACAACUUCAGGCUGGAGAAAACCGUCCUCAACGCAUUUACCUGCACACAUGUAACUGAGUUAAAGCAGAAAGCUGGUUUCUUAAAAAUGUGAUUACUGUAUGUACACAAGUAAUCAUUUGGAGUUCUUCUUUUGGCAAAAUGCUCCUGACGUGAUUAAACUGCGCAAAAAAAAAAACAGCUAAACGUCAUCAUCAUCAACAACAUUUAUUUCUAUAGCACAU